UAAUUAUUUUUUUGAUAUAUUGUUGCUUAGCAACGUUGUACAAGCUAUCAAAACAUUAAGCUUUACUCUAUUAAAACUUAUGUUUGUGUGUUAUCAAAUUUUUAAUGUAUAAAUAUAUAUCGUGAGUAAAAUAUAAUUUUAUUAUCAUUAUUUUGGUACGUGUAUUGAUUAAUGAAUAUUACUGUUGUGUGAAAUGGCAAAUGGAUUAACUUAUAAUACUGCAGAAUCAACGAUGCUAAUUUUCAAUGUUCAGGAAAAAUCUGACUGGAUUAUAUACAACCGUUACGUACAGCGAGAUUUGGAAUUGUGUAAAUUAUUAAUUGAACAAGAGUUGCAAAAUACCAAGGAUAAUAAUGAAUUUGCAUUUUAUAUACUGGGGUUGAUAUAUAGAGAAGAAGGUAAAAUAAAAAAUUCAUAUUGGUGUUUCGACAGAUAUUAUGCUUUAAAUCCAUUCUGUGUAGAAGGAGUCAAACAGAUUGCUCGAUCGUGUUUACUUUUGGGGAGGAAUGACGAAGCCAAGAAAAUGUAUUUAGAAGCUGAAAAAAUGUGCAGAGAGCCAGACACUAAAGUAUAUUACAAUCUUGGUUUAUGCUAUCUGAACUUGGGAGAAUGGGAUAAAUCCAAAGAAUAUUUUAAUCGCACUAUUCAAUUAAGUAGAAAUCAAGACGCGUACGAAAAACUUGCUUCAAUAUUUGUUAUGGAAAAUAAUUUAAAAAAUGCGAUCAGUGUACUGAUAUCAGCGUCGAAGUUGUUUCCAUUCAACACGAAUUUGUCGGUGGACCUGGGCUUAUUGUUUAUGAAACAACGCGAAUACGAUCAAGCUUUUAACGUUCUUGGAAACACACUUUGUCAGGACCCUGAAAAUCCCAAAGCACUCUUAACGCUAGCAGCCGAAAUGCAGAGAAAUUGUGGAUACGACGAGGCAUUGUCUAAGUACACGAGGGCAGUUACCGACUUAUCAGAAUGUUCCGAAGCGUGGAACAACAUCGGAAUGUGUUUCUUUGGCAAACAAAAAUACGUUGCGGCUAUCAGUUGUUUAAAACGUGCUGUCUAUUUGCACCAGUUUAAUUGGAUUGCUUUGUACAAUUUGGGUCUUGUGCAUCUAUAUACCAAACAGUAUGUUUCGGCAUUCUUAUUCCUGUCUACUUCGGCGAAACUUAAUACAAACCAUGCUAGCACCUUUAUGCUCAUUGGACUAGCAUUAAACAAUAUGAACGACACAAGAAAUGCAGAAAAAGCCUAUCGGAAAUCCAUAGAGAUAAAAUCUGACAAUCCAGAAGCUCUAAUAAAUUUGGCAAUUUUAUGCGUCAACCAAGGGAGAAAAGUAGACGCCAAGAAAUAUGUCAAUGCUUUUCAAGAAACAUGUCUGUCCUGCAGUCCGAUUGACAAAGAAGUAGUAUCAUCGAACUAGGAAAACAAGUGUCGGAUGCUUUGGAGGGACAUUGUUUAAUCGACAACGAAACCGCAUUAGAAUGAUGCAAUUUUUUUGAAUUUUCCAAACACAACAAGACAUUCAAACGUGACAAAAACGCUUCAUGCACCGUAUCGGAACAAAAUAAUAUUACCACGUGGAUUUUACAAUAAAAAUAGUUAGACCAGACCUAA